AUGCCUUCAUCUGCAGUCGCUCAUCACUCAUCCAUCCAUCCAUCCAUCAUGGUUCUUCUUGAUUCUGAUAUUCUCCCAUCCGUUCACUGGAGAUCGGCACAGACUACAACACCGCCACUCAGUUCACCGCCCGCUCAUCAUUUCGAAGAGGGCCCAUUAGGCAGCGUUGGGAAAUAUCUUAGUCCAAGACCUGCACAGGUACAUGAAUUGAUACCCGGAGCUACGAUGGAGUGUAUCGCAACGGCGAAGAAGGAUUUGGUCAUGAAAUAUGGACCGGUAUUCGUCGAUGCCGAAGCCCUCAAAAAUCAACAAACCCUCGAAAAAUACCCUCACCGAGCACAAUUCACCACCCGUUCCUCCAUCCUCAUGCCCACACCCAGAUACCGAGCGCAAAGGAAGAACUAA